UUGAAUGGUCUGGAUAUUUCCGUUCCAUCGCGCCGCCCUCUCUCCAUAAAUACUUUGCGACUAAUCCGGAUAUUGUGGUCGCCGAAAUUGAUUAUAUUCGAAAGUAAUAUGGGCAGCGUUUCCAAGCUGCUACACUCAACUGACCCUCGGAUUAUUACCAAUUAUGUCUUCACUCGGUUUGUCUCUCGCUGGAGUGGAGAACUCGGAGAACGAUUCGAUGAUGUCUCACAGGUUUCAAGCAUUGCUCAAACCUAUAUUUGGCUCACAAUAUAA